CACGUAAUUCAUAAAUUGUACCAUAUGUCAAAAUUCAAACGACAAACCGAAAGUGUAAAUAUUUGUAAUUUGUAUGAACAUAAAAAUAAUUGUUCUUAAAACUAACUACGCUUAAAAAACAGUAUUUUAUAUACUAGUAUAACAGAAAAUAUGUCUGGAAGAGAAGCUACUGUUAAAAGUAAAAAUAAAACACGCAGUAGUCGGUCGGGUCUCACAUUUCCUGUCGGGAGAAUACAUAGGAUUCUCCGCAAAGGAAAUUAUGCGCCUCGAAUCGGUUGUGGAGCAGCCGUUUAUAUCUCAGCGGUGCUUGAAUACCUAUCCGCUGAAAUAUUAGAACUAGCUGCUAAAGCUGCACAAGAUAAUGGAAGAUCAAGAAUUUCACCACGUCACAUUAUGCUGGCAAUAGGUAAUGAUGAUGAAUUGGACAAAAUGCUCAGUGGAGUAACAAUAUCACAAGGAGGAGUUAUGCCAAAGAUACAGCCCCAGUUGUUACCCAGAAAGACCGCUAUGAAGAACUACAGUAACAGUAAUAAUACUGGUGGUUCAUCUCAGGAAUACUAAUAUUGUUAUUAAUAAGGUAGUAUAUAGGCCCUGAA